CAAUACUGCAAGGUGAAGAAAAGAUUGGCACAUCAUGAACACGGUCUCACUUGUGCAUAUUUUGUUCAUUUCUGCAGGAGUCAAAAAGGUGCAUGGUCAGCGGAAGAGAGCGACCCGACAGACAUCCAUCGAAAGCAGACAGAGUCUAUUUUACGGCCGCAUCAUCGUGCCCUGAUGGAAUGUUCAAGUGCGUAAACGAAGAAUGCAUUUCGGCUGGACUUGUGUGCGACUUCAAGAAAGACUGCGAGGAUGGCUCGGACGAGUCCUUUUGCGGCUCAUGCGAUUUUGAGGCUCACUCAUGUGGUUGGAACAGCUCCACCAAGUACGCUUGGACCAGAGAGUGGGCCAACGUCACCUUGGUACCAGGACAAGACCAUACCUCGGGCAGCCCUUGGGGCCACGUCAUGUAUAUUGAUGGCGAGCAAGAAGGUAGUUUUAUGAGCAAGGCAAUUUUGGAAUCUUCCGUUGCUAAAAGGGCAGCCGUGGGCUGCCAACUCAGCUUUUGGUACCAUAUUCGUGCUGAAAGCUCCAUCUCAACCUCAUCCAUCCAUGUCGUCAUGGUUCGAGGGACAGCUAAAGAGGAACUGCUGAAGACUGCGAGUCUGACGGACGGCUGGCAGAAUGCCCGGACUGUCAUUGGGAAUCGGCCCGGAGGGUACAAGCUCCAGUUUUCCUUCGAUCGUCCUUUCUUUGAAUCCACGGAUGUGAUGCUGGAUGACGUCAGCUUCGACAAGUGCGCAGAGGGAGACGUCCCUCCAGGGUCUGAGAAGCUCUCCUGCCAUUUUGAGAAAGACACCUGUUCCUGGUACCAUGACUACAGCGCCAGCAUCUCGUGGCAACGAGUACGCGGGGGACUUCACCACCACCAAGGCAACGGUUCUUACAUGCUCGUCUCCAGCCGACCUGGCCUUAACGUCUCAUCUGCGGCGAGAUUGGUCGGCUUCGCCGCCGGCCGAGUUAUUUGCGUGAACUUUCGAUACCACAUUUUUGGCAACAGCGUUGGUUCACUCCAGUUCAUCGUGAGGCGACCUGGUCAAGCUGAGGACAUUGUGUGGAUAAGGAGUGGCACUCAGGGAAACAAAUGGAGAUUUGCUGAUCUUACCUUCUCCAGUGACGAACCCAUACAGUUCAUCAUUGAAGCAGUGGUGGGUGGUGAGCAAGGCACCAUUUCCAUAGACGACAUCACGGUGUCCACGAAGGAGACUGGCUCUUGUCCGGCCGAGCGAGAGUGCACCUUCCAGGGCUCCCUCUGCGGUCUGCAGCCCGUUCCGACGGCCGACUUUGGCUGGAGUCGAAUCAACGGGACAUCCCAGCCCGCCAACUCUUCGGGCCCCCGCACGGACCACACCCUGGGAACAGAGCACGGGCGUUACCUCAGCGCUCAGUUAUGGAGACAGCCGCCGGGUUCCAGGGGUCAAAUAGCGACCGCGCUGAUGGAGGCCACCCCGCCUGACGGUGAAUGCUUAAUGUUCUGGUACUACAUGGAGGGUGAAGCUGUGGGGCAACUCAACGUUCAUCUUUGGACCGCUGAGACUUCCGUCAAGCUUUGGAGCAGACGUGGCAAUCAGGGGAGUCGCUGGAGGCACGGACGAGUCUCUCUGCUUAACCCCGAUACUCCUUAUAAGGUGAUAUUUGAAGCAGUGACAGGUGACGGGCAGAGGCGAGACAUCGCCAUUGAUGACAUGACGCUUCAGAAUGGGGUUUGUCCUCCAGAAGGUUUUUGUGACUUUGAGAUGGACUUGUGUGGUUGGGUGAAUAACGCUCCGGCAAACUCCAGCGUCAACUGGGACUGGCUCUCCGGAAGCAGCGGAGGCCUGAUGGUCCCAGUAAAGGACCACACCACAAUGUCUGCUCUUGGCCACUUUGUCUACUACAGGGCCUUCGAUUCCGACAGGGAGAAACUGGCUCGACUGGAGAGCGAGUGGAUGGAAUCUGUAGAGCAAGCCUGUCUUGAGUUCUGGCACCACGCUGAAGGCUGGGGAUCUAACGCGCCGUCAGAUGUCACGCUGACUAUAUUUGUGAACGAGACCGAUGGCCUACGGCAGAUUUGGGCCACACGUGGUUUCGUCAAUUCCACUUGGAUACAAGAUAAGGUUGAUUACAGUGCAUCGGGACCUCACCAGAUUAUCCUGCAAGCCAGCAGUCCAGGCUCCAAGGAUUCAAGCUUCUCCCUCGAUGAUCUCCGCAUCGUAAGAAACAAAUCUUGUCAUGAUAGCAUCCCCAGCACCACCCCGAAUCCAGUUACCACCACGGCUACUCCGGACUACGGCGCGCACUGCACUUUCGAACAAGGUCUGUGUAACUGGCUCCAAGAGGUCGACGAUGAUGAUUUCAACUGGACUCUCAGUAGAGGACUGCAAGUAAACCAGCCUUGGGACGGACCUCUGUAUGACCACAGUGUCGGAAAUAAUCAAGGAUUUUACCUCAUUAUUAAUGGGUCUGGAUUCGGUGACAGUAAGCGAGCAAGCCUCACCGCUGCCGUCAGCCAUUUGACGUCCAAAAUCUGCGUUGGCUUCUGGUAUUACAUGUUCGGGCCUUCAGUCGCCGCCAUUGAGCUGCUGGUUAAGACGAAAACCUCCAAAGCUUUGGUUUGGACUCGCAGAGGGACGCAGAACCCAGAAUGGAUCAACGCUCAAGUAACCAUGGACAUGGACCAAAUGACGCAGGUGAUGUUCACCGGCCAGAGAAACGACACCAGCGAGGGAUUUAUUGCGCUUGAUGACGUCACCGUGAGCAACGGGGCGUGCCAGAUGCAGAAUGUCUGCGGAUUUGAUUCCGACCAGUGCGGCUUUGAGAACGACGUCGCUCACUUGGGUCGUUGGGGCCGCAAAAGAGGCCGUGUAGAUCACACCUAUGGAACUGUCAAUGGUUACUAUAUGGCCGUGCUCAUGUCCAGUUCUUCCCAACCUGAGGUCGCUCAGCUUUUGUCACCUGUCGUCAUUUCACCUGUGGAAAUGUGUGCACGAUUCUGGUACCGGCUACCCGCCGGGGCAUCUAACACACUGUCUGUCCACGUGCGGAGCGGGGAUCUGGGUGAGGCCCUUUGGCGGCGGUCUGGAGCGUCCUCUUCCGACUGGGAGGUGGCAGAGGUCACGGUGUUCGGACCGACAAAGUUCAACGUGGUGUUUAGGGCAACCCACCAAGCGGGCGUAUCUUCCGCUGUCCAACUCGAUGAUUUUUCCCUGACCACGGGGGCUUGCUCUCCGAUUGUCAACUGUGAUUUUGAGUCGGGGCCGUGCAACUGGCUCAACGGGCUCGCUGACGACGGACACGGCUGGGUGCUAGCGAACGGCGGCUAUCGGGGUCCAUCUGCAGACCACACCCACGAAUCCCCUGAAGGUCGGUUCUUGUUGAGCUUAUCACCAAAGGCCAGCGCCAUAGCGUCAGAAUGGAUCAAAGAUGGGCCAUCCUGCCUCACGCUGUGGUAUAACAAGAACAGCGAUUCCGGAACUUUGCGCGUGCUGGUUCACUCGGGCCCGUCGGAGGACGAAGUGAUUUUCCAGAGAAACCACAGCACUGAACACCGUUGGAUCAACUUCUCUCAAAGUUUAGAGCAAAGCAAACCUUUCCAGUUGCUGAUCGAAGCACAGACAAACGACGGAGGAUUCGUUGCCAUCGAUGACAUCGGUCUAACGCUUGGUCCUUGUCCAGUGAAUGAAACAAUUCCGACCUUUGUGGGCUGCACGUUUGAAAACCACACGUGUGGCUGGGAGGACGUCAGCGUCGGCCAGGCUCUGUGGGAAAGAGGAAACAAGGAAACUGGGACCGCUGGACCAUCUGUUGAUCACACACUGGGAACGGCGCUUGGCUGGUACGUGACGGUGACCCCCAACAACGGGGCUCACGUGAGCCCCGCCGCUUUGCAGAGUCCCGUCACGAAACAGGCCAGCGCUGCCUGCACGCUCCACUUCUACUACAACAUGUACGGAGAAGACAUGGAGGAGUUGAAAGUGCUGCUCGGUGAGAGCUCUCGCACCACCGUCCUGUGGUGGCAGUCGGGUGGCGGUGUCGAUGCGUGGCAACGCGGCGAGGUGUCGCUCGGUAGAAGGCGGCAGGACUUCGCCGUCUUCUUUGAAGCCACCCGCGCUUUCGACAAGCCGGGCCACGUUGCCGUUGAUGACAUAAGCUUCGCCAACUGCCAACUGCCAGAGCCCCAACCUAUGUGCCCUGAACAUAUGUUUACGUGCGGUAAUAAAGCGUGUGUGGAGAAGAACCAAGUGUGUGACUUCACAGAUAACUGUGGCGAUUGGACGGAUGAGAGCAAUUGUGCAGGUGAGACAGAGCGCUGCAGCUUUGAACAAGGCCUGUGCUCUUGGGCUGAAAGCCGCUUGAACUCCCCCGGAGCCAGAUGGACCCGACGAAAAGGACAAGACGCCUGGCCCGCUGACGGACCCCCCCGGGAUCAUACUCGCAACAGUGCUGCGGGUCACUAUAUAACUCCAGGGACUCAUCUCACGGGGAUGGGACACAUAUCGGAGAUUCUUUCCAGAACGUUACUUCCUAGCUCAAAUUGUACGAUCCGAUUCUUCUACUACAGCCUGCAAGACACCGCGGGAAAACUUUCUGCGCGUUCCAGGACGUUCGCCUCGGGUACCGACGACACCGAGCUGUGGCUCAGGACGCCGUCGCAUCAUUACGACUGGCAGAGGGCACACUUCACCUUCUCCUCUCCUGUCAAGUGCAAGAUUGUUUUCAGGUAUGAGCGAGGCGCUCGUGACAGAGGACACGUGGCACUGGACGACGUGUCCUUCUCCGAGGAGUGUGCCUUGGACCCAGACAACAGCCCGCUGCCUGACACGUCACCCACUUCGGCCUCUCCCACCACAUCUGUAACCUCCUCUGCCCCCAUCGGUCCGUGUCAGGAUAAUGAGUUCUAUUGUUGGCGUUCGGCGGAGGCAAUCUGCAUUCUUUCCACUUUAAAGUGCGAUUAUCGUCCGGACUGCCCCCAGGGGGAGGAUGAGGAUGGCUGCGGUCCUUGCACAUUUGAGAGGGACAGCUGCGGCUGGACGGCCUCCGGCCAAGGUCAGAGAAGCUGGCGUAGGCAGAAGGCCGGCAGCGGCGCUUGGCCGCCCACCGAUCACACCAAUCGCACAGGCUUCUUCAUGAGCGUCAACUCCAGUCAAGUGUCGGCGCCAAGUGAGGCCCGACUCCAGAGCCCCCGUCUCCCGCCCUCGUCGCCCUACUGUCAGAUUCUGUUUCACUUCCACAUCAGCGCCGAGUGUGCUGGCUCACUCAGAGUGCUGACGUGGCAAGCUGAUGGAAGUGAAGCAAUCUUGUGGUCACGCAGCCGCAACACCGUCAACCACUGGACGCCAGAAUCUCUGACCCUGGGGCCUCACCUGGAACCUUAUAAGCUUAUAUUUAGUAGCUGGAAAAAUGACACUCAGAGAGACGCUGCCUUUGCCACUGAAACGUGCAUUGUCGCCGUGGAUGACGUCUCCUUUCUCAACUGCGACCGGUCUUUCCAUCCCCCAGCCCUCUCCGCUUUCGAUUGCGCUUUUGAAGACGGCCUUUGCCUUUGGACGCAGGCGGCCAAUGAGCAGCUGGACUGGCUCAGUGGCUCGGGUCCAACAGAGACACCCAACACCGGCCCUGUGGGGGACCACACUACGGGAAAAGGGAAGUACAUCUACAUCGAGAGCUCCUUUCCAAGCGCCAAAAGUCAUGUCGCCCAGCUCAAGUCUGCACUGCUACCACCUGCAGUUCAACAGGGAUACUGCUUCAAGUUCUGGUACCACAUGUUUGGAGCCACCGUCGGUUCUUUGCGAGUGUUCCUACUGACGUCCGAGUCAACGGAGAAAACACUGGUGUGGCAAAAAUCAGGAAACCAAGGGGACGAGUGGUGGCUGGCGCAAAGUCACGUGACCCUCAAGCGGGUCCACCAGGUGAUGGUGGAGGCGAGCGCGGGAGGCGAGGCAGGCGACAUCGCCGUCGAUGACAUCUCGCUCGUCCCCGGGGCAUGCCCCGCCUCUGAUGUGUGUGAUUUUGAGGAGGGAAGUUGCAACUGGCAACAGCAGAGCGCCGAUGACGCCGACUGGAUCCGACAUUCAGGCGCCAGCCUGAACCCCAACACGGGCCCCGACAGCGACCACACCACCAACGCGCCCGCGGGCCACUACUACUACCUGCCCUCUUCCAGCCAGGACGUCCUUGGUCAGACGGCCGCCAUGUUGUCACCUGUGUACCCGCCAGGAAAAGGAGCUUGCGUCCAGCUGUGGUACCACAUGUACGGCAGAGGUGUCGGCACGCUCAACGUUUAUCAGCAGAGCGAAGACGGGGUACGAGCUCUGAUUUUCUCCCAGGCCGGAGACCAGCGCAACCUGUGGAGGUUCGCCCAGGCUGCGCUUCUGCCUCGGGUUCAGCCGUAUAGGCUUGUUGUGGAGGGCGUAAAGGCCGGUCCCACCCAGGAGGGCGACAUGGCCUUUGAUGACGUCCACGUGUCGGACGCCAAGUGCCCCCCUCACGACACCUGCGACUUUGAGCUCAACAUGUGCAGCUGGAGCAAUGUUGGCGGAGGAGUGGACCAAGAUGACUGGCUCCGCGGCAGUGGAGCUUCCCCGAAUCCCAAUACGGGACCCGCCGUGGAUCACACCACCAACAUGCCUCAUGGCUAUUAUCUCUUCGUGGACAGCUCGGUGGGACAGUGGGGCCACGCCUCCUUCCUCAUUAGUGACGUGCUCCAACCGGCCACCAGAGGGCACUGUCUUACAUUUUGGUACCACAUGUUUGGUCCUGAUGUAGGGACCCUUCGAGUCUAUGUUAAUGACAGAAAAACGCACGACAGUGGUAACGAGAAGGGCAAUCAGAAGUGGGUCGAGAUUGGAAACAAGGGAGACAAGUGGCUGAAAGCCAGUGUGUUCAUUGCGCACGACGAUGCAUUCUGGUUUGUGUUUGUGUAUCAGAGGGGGGAAAUUGCUGGUGGGGAUGUUGCCCUUGAUGAUAUCACCAUUUUCCGUGGACCCUGCUACUCCGAGCCCACCGUUGACCCUGUUGAUGAUGAACAAAGUAUGUUGUCUGUGGGCCUUGCCGUGGGUCUGACUCUCCUUGCUGGAGUCGUCAUCUUCAUUUUCCUUUUUAGACUGAAGAGGAAGCACUGUGCAAACAGGACAUCUGACACCAACCUCCUCUGUCAGAACUCUGUGUUUGACCUCUUUUGCUGCAGAAGAGAUGUCACAGAGCACGGAAAUGUAUCUGACAUGUCCUUCUUUAACUAUGUGUACGAUGGCUCUCCAAGUACAACCAACACUGACUCGUCAAGUGCCUAGCAUCCUCAUCCCAUCAUUUUUUAUUUUUUUUUAGCAGCAAGUGAAUAAGGACAAGAAAUAAGUUUCAGGAUAAAAGAUAGACCGAUUUUGGUUGUUAUCUUUAACAUAUGAUCCAUCUGUUAGUUGUUAAGGUGGACUUAUUUUAAAUCUGUUAAAAGGCAUGUAAGUAAGAUUUUCUUUUUCUCUUGUAUUGGAACAUUUGUGUCCCUUUUUUAAUAUAUAAGAUGUAAUCAAAGAAA